GCCGCCGGGCCGGGAGCGGCGGGCACAGGGAGCAGCGCGGGCAGGGAAGAGCACGCUUUGUGCAGUGCUUUUUCAACCACUUACCUGCUUUGAGUUUCUGCAGUGAGCAGGAGUGAAGGAAAAAUACUAGAUAAUGUCAGAGUUCUGGCUAAUUUCUGCUCCAGGAGAUAAAACAAAUCUGCAGGCAUGGGAGAGAAUGAACACUGUGACAUCUAAAUCCAACCUGUCCAGCAACAGCAAAUUCCAUAUUCCAGACUUAAAGGUGGGGACACUGGAUGCUCUUGUUGGUCUGUCAGAUGAGUUGGGAAAACUUGAUAGCUUUGCUGAAAGCGUAAUAAAGAAAAUAGCCCAGUACAUAGGAGAAGUUAUAGAGGACUCAAAAGAUAAAGUCCAAGAAAAUCUUCUGGCAAAUGGAGUUGACCUAAUUAGCUACUUGACACGGUUUGAGUGGGACAUGGCCAAAUAUCCCAUAAAGCAGCCGCUGAAGAAUAUAUCAGAAGCAUUAGCAAAGCAAGUGACUCAAAUAGAAACAGACCUGAAGACCCGAUCAGCUGUGUACAACAACAUUAAAGGAAAUUUGCAAAGCCUGGAGAAAAAAACUAUGGGAAAUCUGCUGACCCGGACCCUGGCAGACAUAGUGCAUAAAGAAGACUUUGUUCUGGAUUCUGAGUAUCUUAUCACGCUGCUCGUCGUGGUGCCAAAGUCAAGCUACAUACAGUGGCAGAAGACCUAUGAAUCCCUCUCAGAUAUGGUAGUGCCUCGCUCCACCAAAAUGAUUGCUGAGGAUGCAGAGGGAGGACUCUUCACCGUGACCCUAUUUAGAAAAGUGAUGGAUGACUUCAAGGCUAAAGCCAGGGAGAACAGGUUCAUGGUUCGAGAAUUUUAUUAUGAUGAGAAGGAGCUGAAAUGUGAAAAGGAAGAGCUGAUGAAAUUAGCUUCUGAUAAGAAACAACAAUAUGGCCCAUUACUGCGCUGGCUGAAAGUGAACUUCAGUGAAGCAUUUGUGGCUUGGAUUCAUGUGAAAGCCUUGAGAGUUUUUGUUGAAUCUGUCCUGAGGUAUGGCCUUCCAGUAAAUUUCCAAGCAAUGCUGUUGCAGCCAAAUAGGAAGUCUGUAAAACGCCUGAGAGAUGUCCUAAACGUGGUCUUCAAACACCUGGAUGAAGUUGCAGCAGCAAGUAUAAUGGACCCUGGCAUGGACAUCCCUGGCUUACAACUGAGUAACCAAGAAUACUAUCCUUAUGUCUAUUUCAAGAUUGACCUCAGUCUUCUUGACUGCAGUUAAAGAAAAAUUGCUCAAGCUUCGUCUAUUAAUUUUCAAGACUCUAAUGUUAUAGUAAAAUGAUCUUUAGCUGCUGAAAGUCAAAUUAAAAUGCAGAUGCUGUAGCAGGAUGAUCUUCCUACCACUUCCAAUAAUUUUUACAGUGACUUCAAUAUAAAUAUUCCUUAUUCAUAGUUUUACAAAAAAAUAUUUCAGAGGCAGGAGGUACUAUGGUAGUAUUUAUUUUUUUUUGGUAAAUUACAAAGAUGGAGUAUCUACAGGACUUGAAAUAAAACAAUUUAAAAAAUAUGGUGGCUAAUGGGUCUACUAAGUCUACUAAGUCCUGUUUUUCUAACAAAAAAAUACCCUAACAGAAAAAGUAGAAAGCAUCAGA